AUGUCGCUCCUGUCGCCUGACCCAAGUCGACGAGGUGCGAACUGGCACGUGACCGAAAAUGGCUGCCAGAGAUGCAACGGCGUCCGGGGCGCCACCCAAGGUCUAAUCCAGGGGCGCCACCCAAGGUCUAUCCAGGGGCGCCACCCAAGGUCUAAUCCAGGGCGCACCCAAGGUCUAAUCCAGGGGCGCCACCCAAGGUCUAAAUCCAGGGGCGCCACCAAGGUCUAUCAGGGGCGCCAACCAGGUCUAAUCCAGGGGCGCCACCCAAGGUCUAAUCCAGGGCGCCACCCAAGGUCUAAUCCAGGGCGCCACCCAAGUCUAAUCCAGGGGCGCCACCCAAGGUCUAAUCCAGGGGCGCCACCAAGGGCGCCACCCAAGGUCAUCCAGGGGCGCCACCAAGGUCUAAUCCAGGGGCGCCACCCAAGGUCUAAUCCAGGGCGCCACCCAAGUCUAAUCCAGGGGCGCCACCCAAGGUCUAAUCCAGGGCGCCACCAAGGUCUAAUCCAGGGGCGCCACCCAAGGUCUAAUCCAGGGCGCCACCCAAGGUCUAAUCAGGGGCGCCACCCAAGGUCUAAUCCAGGGGCGCCACCCAAGGUCAAUCCAGGGGCGCCACCCAAGUCUUAA